AAGCUUUGAAGCGAGUUUGGGGAGCUCAGCAGCAUCAUGCUUAGACUUUUCAAAGAGACAAACUCCAUUUUCUUAUGAAUGGAAAGUGAAAAACCCUGUUCCGCUUAAAUUGGGUCCCUUCCUGUCCUGAGAAACACAGAGACCCCCAAAAGGAAAGCAGAGGAGAGAGAGAGACCCACACCCAGACCCCGCGAGAAGAGAUGACCAUGACCACCAUGCCAGAAAGUCUCAACAGCCCCGUGUCGGGCAAGGCGGUAUUUAUGGAGUUUGGGCCGCCCAACCAGCAAAUGUCUCCUUCUCCCAUGUCCCACGGGCACUACUCCAUGCACUGUUUACACUCGGCGGGCCAUUCGCAGCCCGACGGCGCCUACAGCUCGGCCUCGUCUUUCUCCCGACCACUGGGCUACCCAUACGUCAACUCGGUCAGCAGCCACGCAUCCAGCCCCUACAUCAGUUCCGUGCAGUCCUACCCAGGCAGCGCCAGCCUCGCCCAGAGCCGCCUGGAGGAUCCAGGGGCUGACUCCGAGAAGAGCACGGUGGUGGAAGGCGGGGAAGUGCGCUUCAAUGGCAAGGGGAAAAAGAUCCGCAAACCCAGGACGAUUUACUCCAGUUUGCAGUUGCAGGCUUUGAACCGGAGGUUCCAGCAAACUCAGUACCUAGCUCUGCCCGAGAGGGCGGAGCUCGCGGCCUCCUUGGGACUCACGCAGACGCAGGUCAAGAUCUGGUUCCAGAACAAGCGCUCCAAGUUCAAGAAGCUGAUGAAGCAGGGCGGGGCAGCUCUGGAGGGUAGUGCGCUGGCCAAUGGCCGGGCGCUGUCUGCCGGCUCCCCACCGGUGCCGCCUGGCUGGAACCCCAACUCAUCAUCCGGAAAGGGCUCCGGUGGCAGCGCAGGCUCCUACAUCCCCAGCUACACGUCGUGGUACCCAUCAGCGCACCAAGAAGCUAUGCAGCAACCCCAACUAAUGUGAGGUUGCCCACCCGUUAUGCCUGCCUCUUUCCCUUUUCUCCUGGCCCAGGCCCCUCCCGCCUCCCGGUCCAUCCACCC